AUGUCUCCUCCUCCCCCUCGACGAGCGACGGCGCGGCCUUCUGCCUUUCCCGAUCAACCCGACGUCAGCAACACCGAUGUUCCCUGCGACCCUUCAGCAGAGUAUGCUAUUGUCAUCUCUAUGUAUGAAGUACACAACGACCGUAUAUAUGAUCUCCUUACUCCGGCCGUUAAAUCCGCCACCACUAAAGAGCCGCGACGCCGUGCCUUGUUAUUCAAGUCGACCGAACUAUCACCCGACCGAAAAGUUGUUGCGGGCCUACGAAAGGUCAUCUGCUCGAACUAUACAGAAGCAUUGACAGUCAUUGAGACUGGUCUGCAGGAGCGCCGAGUUACUGGUACCGGUAGCAACAGUGUUUCGAGUCGAAGCCACGGAUUUUUCGUAUUCGAGGUCAAGAAGCGAGCGCGUGGCAGAAAACCUGGACCCUGGGGGGGAAGCAAGUUUACAAUUGUCGAUCUGGCGGGUAGCGAGAGAGCACGCGAGGCGAAGACAGCUGGUGCUACACUUGUAGAGGCUGGCAAGAUCAACGAGAGUUUGAUGUAUUUGGGUCAAUGCCUUCAAACGCAAAGCGAGGCUGCCAGCUCUAGCAAGCCAAACAUUGUCCCUUUCCGACAAUGCAAGCUCACUGAGCUUCUCUUUUCCAACUCAUUCCCUUCAUCCUCUUCUUCACAGCCUCAAUCUCCUCGUCGUAACCCACAAAGAGGUGUGAUGAUAGUCACGGCCGACCCCAGGGGAGACUUUAACGCUACAUCACAGAUCCUUCGGUAUAGUGCUCUUGCACGCGAGGUGGCGGUACCUCGUGUCCCUUCCGUUACAAGCACCAUUCUUUCUCCGACCCAAAAUCGUUCGAUCAGCCCGACGCUUAACCAUAACCAUUUGCGCCCAAUGGUACCGUCGCACCAUGUAUCGUAUAGAAAUUACACUCCUCAGAUGAACGCCGAUGACCGUGCGACCAUGGAGGUUGCUGCGCUUGAGAUUGCUCGACUUAGUGAGGAGGCCGAUCAAUUGCGUGAAGAGGUCGAUCGACAAGCUGAAGCACGAUUCGCCGCUGAAGCUCACCUCCUGUCUAUGGAAGAUCGCAUGUUGGACCUCGAAGCAGCUAUUCGCGAAGAGUGCGCUAACGAGUUUGAGCAACGUCUGGCUCUCGAAAUGGCUCGAUGGAAGAAUUCGAUGUCCAUCGAGCAGGAGCGCACUGAGGAGCACUGGGACCGGAAGAUUGAAGUUCUUGAACGUGGCCUGGCUACCGACGAGGAUGGCGAUAAAGAAAAUGUUCUAAUUGAAGACCUUGAAGAGGAAGUUGAUAGACUCCGUCGCGAGAACGGCAUUCUCAAACGCGAACUCGCCUCCCGCAGUCCCACAAAGCGCAGACCUCUCGAAGAGCGAGAAGACUUUGCUGCACCUGCCGCAAAACCACCAAGAGGCGAUGCCAGAGUCGAUAGCGUUACGAACCUUGGGCGAAAAUUGGAGCGCAUGCGUGUCGGUGAAAAAGUAAAGCCUGUACCAGUUGGUAGCGGCAGUCCUAAGAAAAUGCGCAAGUUGGGAACCAAGAAAUGGGAACACGAAGAAGACUUGGAAUAG